GCGCCGACGGCGAGACCGCCCCCCUCUCCUCCCUCUCCGCCGGCGACUCGAUCCUCGCGGCGGCGGCGGACGGCACCCUCGCUUUCGAUGCCGGGCACCCUCGGCUUCGACGUCGUCUCCUCCUUCUCGCUGGCCGACCCGUCCGCCAAGGCGGCCUUCCUCUCGCUGACGACCGCAACGGCGACGGUCACGCUCACCCCGACGCACAAGCUGCCCGCCGGCCCGGCAAAGGCGCUCAAGCAGGCGUCCGAGGUUGCCGUCGGAGAGACGGUCUGGAUCGCGUCGCCGGCCGCGGGCACGCUCGCGCCCGUCCUCGGGAUCGCCUCGGUCGAGGCCGAAGGGCUGCACAGCCCGCUCACCAAGCACGGAGGCUGGCCGGUCGUCGACGGCGUCGCGACCUCGUACAACAGCGCGGCCGUCGUCGCGCGCAACAAGUACCUCGUCCCGCUCGUCGAGGCGGUCUGCCCCUCCCUCGCCCGCCUCGUCGUGGCGGCCGUGAGUCCAAAGGCGAUGCACUACAUCGAUGGCGAGGUGGUCGAGCCAAUCUCGUCGCUCGAGGUCGCCGCUGCCGUGGCCGUCACGCUCACGGCCGCCGGGGCCGGCGUUCUGGCGCGCGCUCAAGCUCGCGCCUUCGUUUCUGCCUCGUAUUAG